UGCAAAACGAAAAGAAAGCCAUACAACCGUCCGCAAUAGAUUUAGGUUUAGCCCUGCACCCUGAAUCAGACGGCUUCACUUCGGCAUCCUCUGAUCUUGCCCUGGUCUGUUGGCUAGGGUCUGGAAUCAGGGCAUCUCUUGGCGAUGGUGGUGGGACAGCUGGCGAGGAAGGCGACGCUGGGAGAGUGCCCCAAGAAGGUGGCGCGGCUGAUUGAUCUGGUCAAUCUGCCCUCCAACCUCCGGGAGUUCGCCGAUGGCCAGUCCCAGAUGUCCCCUCUCUCCUUCUUCAUCCGCGUCUGGUCUCAUAUCAAGACCCACAAUCUCCAGGUUUGGAUUUUAUUCGCUCCUACAUAUACUUGCGCAAUGACUAUCUCGACAUAUGCAAUACACCAAAUUCUUCACUUCCAUUCCUGAUGUUGAUGCACAAGUCUUUGCUCCUCAUUUGCCCACAACAUCAGUUUCCUUGAUUGAAGAGACUCACCACUGUUCUCCUUUCUUGUUGUUUAUGAACGUUCUUAAGGGAUUCAUUUAUCAUAUUUUGCAACAGUAUUGAAAAUGCUUUCUUUAUAAGGAACAAGUAAAUAGUGUGUAACUGAGCAAACUGAUGAUGCUGACAUAAAAAAGCAGUGUCUCAGUUAUUUGAUACCGUCAUGUUAAUUGAGGUUUUUAUGCCGCUACAAUUACCAAGUACUAUUAUCAGGAAAGUAUAUGCUUUCAGCACGUAUCA